UUUUGGGGUAUGAGAAAAUCCAAGAAAAAUUACUUAUUAGGUAAUACCUUUGGUGUACUGUUUGACAUGGGGCUUUUCCUUUAUUCUCAAUGACAGAUCAUUUUCAUCUGGUGUUUCACUUCAGCUAGCUUUUACUGUUCCUAACGAUGAGUAGAAAGAAACUGCUGACCCUUAUCUUUACCAAACUUGGGAGUUGCAGAUGCCUUAGGAACAUCGAUUUGAGUGAAUUUAAUGCAUUUUUUUCUGUGUAUUUACAGAUGGGGCGUGAGUGGGUUUGGUUGGAUACUGACCAAGACUAUCCCAAUGACUCUGAGUUGAGCAACAACUGCAGGUCCCUCUUCAGCUCAUGGGACUCCAGUCUGGAUCUUGAUAUGGGCGGCUGGAGGGAAACUGAGGAGCCAGGGGCUGAGGAACUAGAGGAAAGCAGCCCAGGGACAGAAUCUAGUGAGCUGCUUAUGGGGGAUGGAGGCAGUGAGGAAUCUCAGGAAGAGGCAGAACAAGUCAGCCACCAGAACCUCCUCCACUUUCUCUCUGAGGUAGCUUAUUUAAUGGAGCCAUUGUGCAUUAGCAGCAAAAAAUCAAGUGAAGGCUGCUGCCUUUCAUCUGAUACCAGACAAGAAGAAAGGGAAAUUGAAGCUACUGAAGGAGAAGGGGAUCCUGAAGAGCUUUCAGCUAAGGUAGAACACUCAGUAGCUGAGACGUGUGUGGGAGAAAAUGAAAGGCCAGAGGUGGCUCCGCCUCCCUCAGAUAUUUGUGCAGUUCAGGGACUACCCACAGAGAGUGAAGAGGAAGAGGUUCAGGAAGAAUCCAAAGAAGAGGAGGACCAGGGUAAAGGGUAUGUGUCAGAGAUGGAAGACCAGCCCUCCUCAGGCGAGUGUGAUGAUGGCUGUAGCAUUCAGGAGGAUCCUUUGGUGGACAUCCUUUUUAGCCAUGCUACUUCCUCAAAGCUGUCUGAUCUAAGCCAGAGUGACCCUGUUCAGGAUCACUUACUAUUUAAGAAGACUCUCCUGCCAGUCUGGAAGAUGAUUGCCAGUCACAGGUUCAGCAGUCCAUUUCUGAAGCCUGUGUCAGAAAGGCAGGCCCCAGGAUACAAGGAUGUGGUGAAAAGACCCAUGGACUUAACUACCCUGAAAAGGAAUCUGUCUAAGGGAAGGAUUUGCACCAUGGCACAGUUCCAGCGGGACCUGAUGCUGAUGUUUCAAAAUGCUGUGAUGUACAAUGACUCUGAUCAUCAUGUGUAUCACAUGGCUGUGGAGAUGCAGCGAGAAGUCCUGGAGCAGAUUCAGGUGCUGAGUAUUUGGUUAGACAAAAGAAGAAACUUAAAUAGUCUGGAAUGAGAACCAGCCAACCCAGUGCAUGGUGGAAAACUUGUUUUGUUAACCUGGAGUUGCUGCCCUGGCCUUUUCUGGAACUUGGACCUCUCAUUGAGACUCUGACCCAGAGAAGAUCCCAGUACUUGUUUACCACUUCUCUGUUCUGUUUUCUAAUAAUCUUAAUACCUCACUCACAACCAAGGAGUCAGAGGUGCCUGUGGACAUAAUGUAAAGAAAAGGGGGAAAACUGAGAUUGGGGGUAAUGCCAUAAAUGUUGCCCAUGUCUUUGUUCCAUAGGCUUAAUUUAGAGGUAACUAGACUAAACCUCUUAUUACUGUUCUAUAAAUAAAUGUUACUUCACAAGUCGAAGAUUGCUUUUUACAGAUCACGGAAGCUGGGAAUAGAGGGGACAGCAUCAUCUGGUGAAAUGA